UGUGAAAUUUAUUUUUCUUUUUAUUUACCUUUAAACAAACCACUUCGAAUAUAUAAACAUAUAUUUACCAAAUCUUUGAUAAAUAUCGAAUAAACUCUACCAUAAAGGUAGGAAACUUUUUUCUCAUUUGUUGUAUAAAAGGUAUGCAACCAGUUUCUCGCUUCUUAUUAUUAUUUAGUAAGCUAUGCAAUUUUUAUUACACUUUAUUUGUGGAAAAGAAUCUGAAAUUGUUUUUAUUCUACUCUGGUAAUCAAAAUGUACGAAUUGGAAUUUAUUUUUGAAAAAUUGAACUAUCGUUUUUGGGCAUAGUUGACGUUAGUUCUAAUAUAUGAUUUGAUGCAUUCUUUUUGCUGUAGGGAAUACGAAAUGUAGCAGUUUAUGUAAUUGCAUCGUUUAAUAGUAUAAAACUGAGAAUUAACUCACUAAAUAUAUAAAAAACACGGGUUUUAAAAUUAUAUUUUCACCGUUACUACAUUUUUAAUAUUAUUUUGUUAAUUAUCCUAUUAACAGUGAAACUUGAAGAAUGAUCUAAUUAAAUAUGAAAAAUAUUCGAAUCUUAUCAUGUUCCUAUCGAACCAAAUUGCUAAAAAAAUUGAAAAUUAAAUAAACACAAAGAUUUUUCCCGUUCUUUAUACUAAUAAGUUAUGCAACCUAUUUUUCACUUUGUAUUUAUAUUAGUAGUACGUUAGGCAACUUUUGUUUCACUUUGCAAUUUCUACAUGAGAUAGGCAUCACUUAACACAUUUUGUUUACGUGUAAUACUGGUUGUAUAAAAUAUGUAUUAUGUCAAAAUAUAAUAAUUCACGUUCGGUGGCGUCGUAAUCGUUUUAAUGUCACAACUUUUCUUAUGUGUACAACUUGAUUUUGUUUACGAAAUUAUUUUUGUGUUUAUGAGUUGAACUAUUUAAAUUAUGGAAUUUAAUUUGAAAUUCGUUAUUCUAGCUACGUUAGUGUUGAUUUCAAUUUUAAUAAAAUCUAGUUUGUCUAUAAAAUGUUGGGAUUGUAGAUCAGAUGCUGAUCCGAAAUGUUCGGAUCCCUUCGAUAACGCCACAUUCGCAAUAACGGAUUGCGCUACACUGAAAGAAUUGGAUUAUCUACCGGGAGUCUUACCCACAAUGUGCAGAAAAAUUAGACAAAAAGUACAUGGUGUAUGGAAGUACAUAAGGAGCUGUGCUUAUUUAGGCGAGCCCGGAAUCGCCGGAGACGAACGUUUCUGUUUAAUGAGAACAGGAACUUACAACAUUUUCAUGGAAUACUGCACUUGCAAUACCAAAGACGGUUGCAAUACUUCUUCUCGUAUUGCAAUCUCGCCCGUUCUUCUUUUGACCACAACUAGUAUUUUUGCUUUAAUCAGGUUGGUGCGGUAGGAUGCUUAAAGUUCAAUAGUUGUGUAAAUAUUUUUAUGUAUAUGAUAUUGUAGCAACCAGGUAGUUGGAAAUCCAAAAAAUCUUCAUCAAUUUUUCAAAAAAAAUUCUUCAUUUUUUAAAAAUAGGUGUUAGGGGUUAAAAUAUAUUUUUUAGCUCUAAUAAUUGUAUAGAUCUGAUUUUUUAAAACUUUGUUAUGUAGCUCAUCAUGAACACCACAACUUAUAACUUGACUUUAUUUUGCAAUGCAUGCCGUCCAAUUAUAUAAUUUUUAUAAAGAACGUUUUUAAUAAAAAUAUUUUUUUAUGUCCA